CCCCAGCUCUCCGUCCAUCGACAUGGCGCAGGGAGCGGGGGAGCUCGGAGUGCUGGAGGAGUGAAGCUUCAGAGAAAACCCACUAAAACAGGGCGAGAGAAGUUCCACAGCGAACACCAGACCUCUUCUUUUAUGGUUUAGACUCCAGCUGAAGUUGUGGGUUAAUUCACUGGUCCCAAGAUGAUGUCCGAUGCCAGUGACAUGUUGGCCGCUGCCUUGGAGCAAAUGGAUGGCAUCAUAGCAGGCUCCAAAGCACUGGACUACUCCAAUGGCAUCUUUGACUGUCAGUCCCCGACCUCGCCGUUCAUGGGCGGACUGCGUGCUCUGCACCUGCUGGAAGAUCUGAGGGGGGUUCUGGAGCUCAUGGACUCAGAAGAGAGAGAGGGACUGCGCUGCCAAAUCCCUGACUCUACUGCAGACAGCCUGGUGGAGUGGCUGCAGGGCCACCUGUCAAAUGGACACAUUUCAGUGACUGGUGAUAUUUACCAGGAUAGACUUAAUCGCCUUGAAAGUGACAAGGAAUCACUUGUUCUUCAGGUGAGUGUAUUGACAGACCAAGUAGAAGCUCAAGGAGAAAAGAUAAGAGACUUAGACCUGUGCCUUGAGGAACACCGGGACAAACUUAAUGCCACUGAAGAAAUGUUGCAGCAGGAGCUCCUCCUCAGGUCAGCCCUCGAGACCCAAAAGCUGGAGCUGAUAUCUGAGAUUUCCAACCUGAAGCUUAAGCUGACUGCUGUGGAAAAAGACAGGAUAGACUUUGAUGAUCGAUUCAGAGAUAGUGAGGGUUUAAUUCUGGAGAUUAAUGAGCUGAGGUAUCGAAUUUCUGAGAUGGAGAGUGAGCGGUUGCAAUAUGAGAAGAAGCUGAAGUCCACUAAGUCGCUAAUGGCUAAGCUGUCUAGCUUGAAAAUCAAAAUGGGCCAGAUGCAGUAUGAGAAACAGAGGAAGGAACACAAAAUCCAGGCACUCAAGGAGGAGCUGGUUACGUUAAGAAGGCAGCUGGAUGGCAGGGAUGGAGAACUGAGGAGGCUACAGGAUGAAACAGGCUCUCGAUCACCUACACCUGCAGGCUUAGAAAGCCCCGAGAGAGUCUACCAUACAGAGGAAACUUUUAAAAAGAGGCUCAAAGAGAAACAUUUGGAAGUGCAGAGAAUGAAGAAAGCAGUUGAAUCACUGAUGGCAGCCAAUGAAGAGAAGGAUCGCAAGAUUGAGGAGCUUCGGCAGUCGCUUAUGCGCUACAAGAAAGUGCAAGACAUGGUCAUGUCAGUACAAGGGAGAAAAGAUAAACUAAAGGAAGGUGAAAGUGAUGAGAGUAACAGCGACAGCUCCCUCUCCAUGUCAGCUGCUAUUUCCGUUUCCAUGGACACAGAGAAGUCCAUGCUGGGGUGUCUUGAAGAUGGGGCUGAGAAGAGUCAGGCUGAGCCAUCAUUCAUCAGUACGCUGCAGGUGCCCUCCCUCACACCUUCCCUGCAAACCAAACAUGAGACAGAAGCAGACCUGGAGCAGACACACACACAGAGUGAUGCAGGGCAUCAGGAGCCAAGCCAGUCACAGGAGUCUCCAAUAGAUACCAGUCUAGAGGAUGUGGAGGUGCCCAAGUCUGGAAGCCAGAGCAACCUGAGUAGCAGCCCAAGUGAAAAGAGACCAUUGGCGGUAGGACCAGCAGAGAGCCGAGCAUUUGAUGAAUUCAACAAAAUUACAACCUUACCGCCAAAGUCUCCCACUGUUCCUCGUCUUUCUGAGGAUGACAGUUUUGGCUCCAAGAAGGCCAGGUCAUCAUUUGGACGAGGCUUUUUCAAGCUCAAAGGAGGGAAGAGGACAGCCAGCGCUCCAAAUCUUGCUGAGGCUGAACGGGAAGGCACAGACCAUCUAGACCUUGCAGGGAUGCCACAGAGGUCGGGCAACAGCGACAGCACACACACUCUCCCUACCUGCCCAGAUGGCAAGAAGAAGUCCAAAGGAAUCAAAGCAUUCAUAGGAAAGCUUAGAAGAAGUCAGUCAACCACGUUCAACUUGGAUGACAACCUCUCGGAGAGUGAGUUCAAGCGGGGAGGAGUCAGAGCCACAGCUGGGCCCAGGCUGGGAUGGUCACGUGAUCUUCACAACAGCAACAGUGAGGUGGACGCUCCAUUUGCACGCUGGUCCCGGGAGCAGGUGUGUGAGUGGAUGCAGGAGCAGGGUUUGGGGCUGUACGUAAACCUGGCCAGGCAGUGGAUCUCUUCGGGACACACUCUCUUACAGGCCUCUCAGCAGGACUUGGAAAAGGAGCUGGGAAUCAAGCUCCCUCUACACAGGAAAAAGCUGCAGCUGGCCCUGCAAGCACUGGGUUCAGAAGAGGAUGACAACAAAGGCAAACUAGACUACCACUGGGUGACAAGAUGGCUAGACGACAUUGGCCUCCCCCAAUAUAAAACCCACUUUGAUGAGGGAAGAGUGGAUGGGCGAAUGCUUCACUACAUGACUGUGGAUGACCUGCUCUCUCUAAAAGUGGGCAGUGUGCUGCAUCAUCUUAGCAUUAAAAGAGCCAUCCAGGUCCUUCGUCUCAACAACUAUGAGCCCAACUGCCUGCGCCGCAGACCAUCAGAUGAGAACAAUAUCAGUCCAGCAGAAGUCUCUCAGUGGACCAACCAUCGUGUGAUGGAGUGGCUACGUUCUGUAGAUCUGGCAGAAUAUGCCCCCAAUUUGAGAGGCAGUGGAGUCCAUGGUGGACUAAUGGUGUUGGAGCCUCGCUUUAAUGUAGAGACCAUGGCUCUGCUACUGAACAUUCCUCCCAAUAAGACCCUGCUUCGGAGGCACCUGGCAACCCACUUUAACCUGUUGAUCGGCUCAGAAGCCCAGCAGCUGAAACAGGACUGGCUGGAGAAUCCUGACUAUGCUGUGCUCACCGCAACAGCUAAAGUGAAGCCUCGCAAGCUGGGAUUUGGAACUUUUGGGAGGAAAAAGAAGCAGGAGGACAGUGAGGAGUAUGUAUGUCCCAUGGAUGUAGAGAUGCCUAAAGGACGCAGCUUCCAAAAGGGCUACAGAGGCAUGGAGCUACAGAUUUAUGAGGAUGACCUGGACCGACUAGAGCAGAUGGAGGACUCGGAGGGAACAGUGCGACAGAUUGGAGCAUUUUCUGAGGGCAUCAACAAUUUGACGAGUAUGCUGAAAGAUGAUGAGUUCUUUAAAGAGAUGUCGACGUCAUCCCCCAACCCCAGUGUUACUGAUGACGACUCCAACGUUUGAAGACGACACUUAGGUUUGCCUGUCCAUAAUGCUGCUGCUGUGAUCAGAUCUGACUCUACGAACCCCUCUGCACAUCUCUCUCUUUCUCUUCCUCAGUGCCAUUCAUACAUUAAGUCCACACAGCUAAUGCAAACUCCUCUUAAACAACCAUAUUACAGUUUUUUUUUUACAGAAAACAGUUCUCUUAAACCUACAGUAUAGCAUGUGUAGACAUUGUGAAUAUGUCCCCAGUAGCAGAUAAGAGUUUGGGGGUUGGUCUGCCUCAUAUUUUGAUCUAAAUUAUUUGGUUAUAGCAGAGUAGAAGAGAUUUGAUAGGUAUUUUAUGAAAAUGUAAAGGGAAUAAGUGGCAGUCCUACUGUAGUUUGCUUUCCAGCUGGUCACUGGAGACGUAUGCACACUUUUGUUUCUCUACAGGCCUUACAUCUUACUCUUCUGUAUUUUCUCUUGUCUUUUUUAUGGUAGCAAACGGAGCACAAUGACACUUUUAGCCUGUCAUCAUAGACCUAUGAAUCUGAAUCAUAGACCUAUUUUAGAAGUGACAUUUUUAGAAUUAGAUUACCAAAAGAAUUCCACGUUUUAAAGCAGUCAACACUCCAAAAAAGAACUGCCAUAUAUCUAAAUGCCUGCAGUGGCUGUGUUUUGUACUAUUCUACAAUAAACAUAUUAAUAUGUAUAGCUCUUCCCAGGAUUUCUCGUAUGUGCAUUGAUGCAUGUACAGUAUUUGCAUGCCAAGUAUUUAAUACUAUGAAACAACUCAGUACAAUACAUUUGAUGGCCUGUUUGUAAAAUCAUGUUAUUGCAUGUUAUUUAAGCUGUUCUCAUUUUUGAAAAUACUGUGCAUCUGUUAACAUACGAACAUACGAAUAUAUGCUAAUCAUCAAUGCAGUGUUUUUGUGCCUUUCAUAAGCAUUUCAUGUAUUAUGUUCUGUCAACCUGUGCCCAUUUUUAAAAGAUCAAUAAAAUAAGUACAGAACACA